UUACGUUGUGGGCAUGUCGCGUGCGCUAAACGGCAACACAUUGGCGCUUACCGGGUCUGUUUUGUGUGUAUUAUUUCAUUUCAGUAUGGCGGCGGAUUCUUGCGGAGGAGGAUACAUUUUUCGAAAGUUUACCCAGUUCAACGGGAUCAUUCUGUAAAUCACACGUUGUGCUAUCGAUAGUGUGGCUUCACUUGGAAUCGUCAGAAGAUUAGCUACUGGACUGGUGAUGCGCUAGCGAGGAGCUGCAGCCAAACUCGUCUCAGUUUUCUGUCAGCUAGCUAGCAAGGCUAUCCCAUCCUAGCUAACUCUUUCCGACUCGGCUAACGUUUGCUUUCGAAGAGGGCCCCAGUUUACUGUCUAGCGUUACUUGUUUUUUUGUCAAAGGGACUAUAUUUUGCCUGAAGUAGCGUCGUUCAAGAGUUGGUUGAGUACGAGUCGCCCGAAGAGACCCAUCUACUGCUCCGGCUAAAUUACAAGUUGUUAGCGCGUUAGCUUAGUUAGCUAUAUUUAAAAAAAAAAAAAAGCUAGCUAACGUUAAAUGGAUAUCUAUCUAACGUUAGGUAGUUGCCAACAAACAUAGCCACACUGCAGGGUUAUUGUAUGUGUCAUAUCAAUCUCUACACCCCCCCGCUGUAAUACCCAUUUUAGUUUUAAGGUUUGUCUUGAAGCAGUUUGGAACAUUUGGCCUCGAGAUUAGAAGGAUUUGUUGCUGUUUAGGCCCCUGAAACUCAAUAUUAGCUUGCUAGCCUGCCUGAGUUGGGAGUGGCUGGAGGUUUGCAUUAGCUAGUUAGCCAGCUAGCUAACAAACAAGGUCAGAUACUCCUAUAUCGCACCGGUCCAUAGUGCGUAGGAUAAACACAAAGUAAUGACACAAACUCUAUAGAAAAACAAUGUAUUAAUGACCUAUUAAACCACGGUCAGGUUGACAACGGGUGUGUUAAAAUAGCCGUAUCAUCAGCAGGGAUAGGAAACCGCGCACUGGUCAAAUAGUUUGUGUAAACGACCAAUCUGGAUAUAUCCGAUGCUGGGCUAAAGAUUUGUUGCCAUACUAGCCUGCUCAAUAUAGCUUCUUUCCCUGCACAUUUUGAUGGACGUGGGAAGAUAUUUUUUAGCCGGCUACUGUUGCUAUCGUCAUGCGGUUCUGGCUAGUGGGAAUUCUGACCUGUACAUAGUCGUGUUGAGUAACAUUAACUGGACGUAAUGUAGCUCUGUAGAAAGAUAGUCCAUAAAGAAAUUGUUUAUUUUUUUUUACUUGUUAGAUUUAUACAAGAGGUUAUUGGUUACGUUUCUCGUUGAAAAACGUCAAAAUGAAUAGUAAUGUUUGAUAGCUAGUUAGUGCCUAACUCAAAAUAGAAUAGCCGCCAGCCAGCGGAAUAGCUAGGCUAAAUGAAUUAACAGCGGAUGAUUGAAGACUUCGAGCAUUGUCAUUCUGGAUCAAGAAACAUUGUCUUUAGUCUCUGGUUGGAGUAACACUCCCAAGCCAUCAUCAAUGCCUUCAGCGCUGGCCGUCUUCUCCUGCCGUCCGAAUUCACACCCUUUUCAGGAACGUCAUGUCUACCUGGACGAGCCAGUCAAGAUCGGGCGCUCUGUGGCGCGAUGCCGACCCGCUCAGAACAAUGCUACGUUCGACUGCAAGGUUCUGUCAAGGAACCAUGCUCUUCUCUGGUUCGAUCACAAGACUGGCAAGUUCUACCUCCAGGACACUAAGAGCAGUAACGGGACGUUCAUCAACAGCCAGCGUCUGAGCCGGGGGUCCGAGGAAAGCCCCCCCUGUGAGGUCCUCUCUGGUGACACCAUCCAGUUCGGGGUCGACGUCACAGAGAACACGCGCAAAGUUACUCAUGGCUGCAUAGUUUCUACAAUCAAGCUGUUUCUACCGGACGGCAUGGAGGCUCGACGACGAUCAGACGUCAUCCAAGCACCUUUACCACUUCCUGUUGAUAAGGUUGCAGCCAACACCCCCACUAUGUACUCUCAGGAACUCUUCCAGCUCUCCCAGUAUCUGCAGGAGGCCCUACACAGGGAGCAGAUGUUGGAGCAGAAGUUGGCAACGCUGCAACGCCUACUAACCACCACACAGGAGGCUUCAGAGAGCAGCUGGCAGGCUCUGAUCGAUGAGGACCGGCUUCUCUCCAGACUAGAGGUGAUGGGCAACCAGCUGCAGACCUACUCUAAAAACCAAACGGAGGAUGGGAUGCGUAACGAGCUGGCAGCCCUGCAGGAAGACAAACACAACUAUGAGACCACGGCCAAAGAGUCCCUGAGGAGGGUCCUGCAGGAGAAGAUCGAGGUGGUCAGGAAGCUGUCAGAGGUCGAGAGAUCUCUGAGUAACACGGAGGAUGAGUGUACCCAUCUAAAGGAGAUGAAUGAGAGGAACCAGGAAGAGUUCAGAGAACUGGCAAAUAAGUACAACGGGGCCAUCAACGAGAUCAAGGACCUCACAGACAAGAUCAAGCUGGCAGAGGGCCGCCAGGAGGAGUUGACUCAGAAGGGUCAGCUGGAGAAGAAGGAGCUGCAGCUUUGCAUUGAGGAGAUGGAGGAGAAGGAACAGACUCUACAGGCUCGUAUUGAGGCCCUGCAGGCUGAUAACGACUUCACUAACGAGCGCCUCACUGCCCUGCAAGUUGGGUUAGAUCAGCUGCAGGACAAAAGCAUAAAGGACAACAACAGUUUAGCCGUGAAGCAGUUGAAAGAAGCAGUGGGCUCGUCGUUGCACAAGCUGGCCAACUAUGACGAGGUCAUAGAUGCCCACCUGCAGAACCACCAGACGGCAGAAGGAGACAGCCUUACCAGUCCUGACAGACUCAAAGAAAACCUGCUGGAUGCCAAGGAGUCGGACAUGUCGGAUACACUAAGCCCCAGCAAAGAUCGCAGCAGUGACGACACAUCAGACGGAAACAUGGAUGAUCAUGAGCUGAACGAUCCACAGAACAGGGUCGCCCUGCUCAAAGACGAGCUCCGUCGGGUCAACCUGGAGCCCAGGGACACAGAGCAGGUGAUUCACCACCUCCACAGAGAGCUGCUGGAGGCCCAGGAGUUGGCCAACACAGGCAAGCAGAAGUGUCUGGACCUCCAGGCCUUACUGGAAGAGGAGAGGAGGACUAACAAACAGCAGACAGAGGAGUCAGCCAAGCAGAUCCAGAACCUACAGAGCCAGUUGGGGAAGCUAGCAGGGGACAUGGAGGAGUUGAAGGAGCAGAGAGAGAGCAGCAGCAGCACGUGGGAGGAGCUGUACUCGGCUCAGGAGGAGGUGCUAGUCCUCCGCCACGCCAUGGAGGCCGCCACGGCCGAGAGGGAGCGCGACAUCGCCGCCCUGCAGAGGGACCUGGGAGGUGUCACGGCCGAGCUGGAGAAGUGGCGGCAGGCUGCGGCAAAAUACGAACAGGAGAUCAACUCCCUGCAGGCCACCUUCCUACAGCAGAGCCAGCACCAGCAGAGAGCCCACCAGCUACAAGGAGAGUUGGACCGUCUUCAGAAGGACUGCUCCAGUCUGCAGCAGGAGUGUGAGUGGCUCCGUUCCGAGAAGACGACCCUGGUGGACAGACUACACAGACUGGAGACUGAACUGGACAGUUCCAGGGAGCAGACUGCCAGUCUGGAGAAGUCCCAGAGAGAGAUGCAGAGUAGACUGGGCUCAAUACAGGACCAACACCUCCAGGAUGCUAACAAGCUGCAGACACAGCUGGCCCAGGCUGCUAGCAGGACACACAGCCUGCAGAGAGAGUAUGAGGACACCCAGACCUCGCUAUCUGACCUGCGGCAGCGUUAUGAGAGGACAGAGCAGGAGAAACGCUCCAUCAACGAGGAGCUGCAACAGUGUAAAGUCAACCUCAAACUGCUGCAGGACAAGAGCAAGAAUCCAUCCAUAUUGCAGCCUGUCCAAGCCAUUUUCAUCGGCCUUAUCCUGGCUUUGCUGUAUUGGUGCUUCAGCCAGUUGUGGUAGAAAGAUUGGUUGGAGCCCCUGGAUGCCAGUGGUAGCAGUGAUGGUAGCGGUGACAGCAGCGGUGCUUUACCCCAACUUCUCCAAGAGCACC